AAGCAAACUUUUCCCUUUGCCCUGCUCCUCCGUCCAGCCAGCCAGCCAGCCAGAUCCACUCGACAAAACCCGAUCGAUCGAUCGACCGAGGCCAGCCAGCAACAGCAAUCAAUCACGGCACGAUCCCCCGAUCCAUCCCCCCUCCCCGCCACCACCUAGGGUUCGUCCCUCCCUCCGCCAUGUCCUCCUCCACGGCCUCCUGGUCGCGCUACGGCGCCGUCCCGGCCCCGCCCCCGCCGCCGCGGCCCGACGCGAACGGCGGCUUCGAGGCGGCGCCCUCCCCCUCCUCCUCCCCCGCCUCCCCGCCAGCGGCGACCGCGGCGGAGGCGGGGGUGGCCUUCUUCUCGCGCGCGGGGGCCAGCGCCGCGGCCGCCGCGGCCGUCGGCCGGCCGCGGGCCUGGCGGGAGGUGCUGGACCACACGGCCUUCUCGCGCCCGGAGACCUGCGGCGAGGCGCGCGCCCGGGCCCGCCGCAACCUCGCCUUCUUCCGCGCCAACUACGCGCUCGCGGCGCUCGUCCUCGUCUUCCUCGGCCUCGUCUACCGCCCGCGCUCCAUGCUCGCCUUCCUCGCCCUCUUCGUCGCCUGGCUCGCGCUCUACUUCGGCCGCGGCGGGGACGCGGGCCCGCUCGUCUGCCUCGGCCGCGACGUCGACGACCGCGUCGUGCUCGCCGUCCUCUCCGCCGCCACCGUGCUCGCCGUCGCGCUCACCCGCGCGGGGCUCAACCUGCUCGUCUCCCUCGUCCUCGCCUCCGCCCUCAUCGGCGUGCACGCCGCCUUCCGCAUGAACGUCUACCUCGACGAGAGGGACGCCUUCGACGGGGACGCCGCCGUCUCCUCAUUCAUGGGCAGCACCUACGGCUACAGCACGCUCCCGAGAUGAGGCAUUCGAUUCGAUCCAAGGGCGUUUCUUCCGAUCCUCUGUUCUUCGAGGAUGUAAUGCUACGGAAAUUUCAGUCUUCCUAGUCUGUAUGAGGUGUAUAGGAUCUUGUUUGCUUUCCCUUUUGCGGGGAGUUUUGAUUUGUUUGUAGUCAGUCCACUUGGUGUUCAAGUGAAAUUCUUAAGCUGAUUGUGAUGAUCUGAAGCUGUUUUUUCAAGGGAAAUUUUGUAAGAUGUUGCUCCAAGGUGUAAAUCAUCCCUACUACUGACUAGUGAUGGAAAUAAAGCUUGUGAAAUUCAGUGUA